GGUGCUGAAGCCUCGGCUGCUUUUCCUCUAUGUGCCGACAGCUCGCGCAGCCAGGAAUCCGCUUACCAAGCGUCCAAAUUAAAGAAAGGGACCUCCGCAUUUCGGCUGAUUAUUCUCGACUGUUUUCACUCUGCGAAUUACUGCAGAAGCAACCCGCGCGCGUCCCUUUAUAUUUUGCAGACGCCUUGCUUGUUUUAUUUUCCCCCGCUGGAAGUAUUUUUUUUAACACACGGACGCUCUGUAUUGCAACGUGAGAGCAAACCUCGACUUUAGAAGACAUGUUUACGGCACAAGACUGCCAAUUUAAGACCCUUUUCACGGUUUUGGUUCUUGCUGCUGCCGUCUCCAAAAUACACGGGCAAGGUCUAAGGGAAAGUAACGGCAUCAGUGGGAGAACACUGGACUCGAACAGAGACAUCUUUACACACUUUUCAACACAAGACACAGAAAGUGAAGUCCAUUCAGUUACGACAGCCUCACCGAUGAAUAUACCGAAUCAUCAGCCUGUCUUCAAGGGUCUGCUGCUUCACGAACGCCUUCUUACAAGGGAUUUCCAGGGGGACCAGCAUUUUUUUAGGAAGGAUGGCUCUGUAGCUGCAUAUCCCACCAUUCCAGGCUCUCCAUUUGCUCCAAAUGCAGGAGAUGCUGUCACUCAAAUUGUUGCCCAUAAGGAUGCCCCAGCCUUCUCAGAUGUUGCCUCUACUUCCACUGCAGCUGCCACCUCCCCACUGACUACGUUUUCUCCCACAACACCGGCGCCACUCAUGUCUUUCCCUCAGAAGAAGUCAACUAAGGAGAAAGCCAAAGAUGGAGACAAGAUGGAGACAACAACAGGCUCCAUCACUACUCAAAUGACACCAUUUAUUAAAGGAAGUGAAAACAACCCAGUGGCUUCCUGGUCCACAGGAGGAAGAAAUUUUCCCGUAGAGUCCACACUUGCACCUGUGUCAACAAUAAUGGAGAAAGGACAGCUGAGGGAAACAACACUAACAAAUGAAACCAGCCCAGAUUACCUACUCCCCAAGCAAACUUCACCCACUCAAGAGGAAGGUACCACAACGGCAUCCACAACUGUGAUCACAACUACUACCAUCACCACCAUGCAAACAUCAGAGCCAUGCAGCAUGAAUUUCACUGACCCUGAGGGGAACAUCGAAAUCUUACAGCAACUUGACUCUGGCAUGGAGUGCAACUACUUGAUUACUGUCUAUCUGGGAUAUGGCAUUGAAGUUCAGGUGCUCAAUGUGAGUGUGUUGGAGGGGGAACAGGUGACAGUGGAGGAUACAGGUGGCCAAGAACCCUUUAUUCUUGCUAAUGAGUCUGUUUUGAUGAGGGGCCUUGUUCUACGCAGCUGGAGCAACCAGAUAUCAAUCCGUUUUCACAGUGACCAACGGCUCAGUUCUGGAUUCCUUCUGCUGCGUUAUCAAGCCUUUGUGCUUAGCUGUGCAUUCCCCAAAGAGCCUGCUGGAGGAGAGGUUUCGGUGACACACCUCCACGCUGGUGGAGAAGCUUACUUCAAAUGUUUCACUGGAUACAAGCUUCAAGGUCCUAAAAUGCUCAUGUGUCGCAAUGCAACUACACCUUACUGGAGUGGAAAGGAACCCAAGUGUGUGGCAUCCUGUGGGGGAAUGAUAAAAAAUGCCACCUACGGUCGUAUUGUCUCUCCUGGUUUCCCUGGCAACUACAGCAACAACCUGACUUGCCACUGGGUACUGGAAGCUCCUGAAGGCCACCGGCUUCAUAUCCACUUUGAGAAGGUUGCUCUGGCAGAGGAUGAUGACAGGUUGCUAAUAAAAAAUGGCAACAAUAUCGACUCUUCUCCUGUGUACGACUCCUAUGAGGUAGAAUACUUGCCCAAUGAGGGGGUUCUCAGUACUGGACGAUACCUGUUUGUAGAGUUCACCACAGAUGGGACAGUGACUUCCACUGGUGCAGCCAUCAGAUACGAAGCUUUUGCAAAGGGAAUGUGCUAUGAGCCCUUUGUGAAGUAUGGCAACUUCAGCAGCAGUGACUCCACUUAUAGUGUAGGAUCUGUGGUUGAAUUCUCAUGUGACCCUGGCUACACAUUGGAACAAGGUUCUGUAGUGAUUGAGUGUGUGGAUGCACAAAACCCACAGUGGAAUGAAACAGAGCCAGCCUGUAGGGCUGUGUGCAGCGGGGAGAUCACAGACUCUGCUGGUGUGGUGUUGUCACCUAACUGGCCUGAGGCCUAUGACAAGGGGCAAGACUGCAUCUGGGGUAUCCAUGUGGAAGAGGACAAAAGGAUCAUGCUAGACAUCCAAGUCCUCAAUUUAGGUAAGAAUGAUCAGUUGACCUUCUACGAUGGUGAUGACCUGACAGCCAGCAUCCUGGGUCAAUACAGUGGAACACGGCCACACUUCAAGCUCUACACCUCCAUGGCUGACGUCACCGUUCAGUUUCAGUCAGAUCCUGCCACCAACAUCUAUGGCUACAACAACGGCUUUGUGGUUCACUUCUUUGAGGUGCCAAGGAAUGACACUUGCCCAGAACUGCCAGAGAUCCCUAAUGGCUGGAAAAGCACCUCCCACCCUGACCUAAUCCACGGCACCGUCGUCACCUACCAGUGCUACCCUGGAUAUACACUGCUGGGCUCAGAGAUCCUCAUGUGUCAGUGGGAUCUCACCUGGAGCGGCGAUGUGCCAAAAUGUGAAGAAGUGAUGACAUGUCGAGAUCCAGGAAAUGUGGAGCACAGCCGGAAAGUGAUCACAGGCAGCCGCUUUGCCGUUGGAUCAACUGUUCAGUUUAUCUGUAAUAAAGGCUACGUCCUGUCUGGCACUAGUCUCCUCACCUGCUACAACCGAGAUUCAGCCAUGCCCAAGUGGAGUGACAGGCUACCCAAGUGUGUCCCUGAAAAGUAUGAGCCAUGCAGGAACCCUGGUGCUGCUUCCACCAGUGUGCAGAGCUCAGAAAAGGCCUUUUAUCAAGCAGGAGAGAUUUUGACCUUCUCUUGCCGUACUGGCUAUGAGCUUCAGGGUGGAGCCACCAUCUACUGUGUCCCUGGACACCCAUCACAGUGGAAUAGCACUCCUCCAGCUUGCAGAGCAUCUUCAGCACAGUAUGUGAAUGAACGGAGGCUUGAUGUUGUUAAUAUGGACUACAGCUUGGAGGGAACCAAUAUUACCCUUGCAGUUUUUAUCCCAACUGCAGUCGUCUUGGUGGUUGUUUUGGGGAUCUAUGUCUACUUUACAAAACUUCAAGGGAAGUCUGUCAGAAUGCCGACAUCCUCGCCGCCGUAUGACAACAUGACAGAAGAGUCAGCUUUUGACAACCCUAUAUAUGAGAGUGGACACUGGCAGGCCCGUUGUAGAUACUAAAUCCUGUCAGUAUUUCCACUGGCUGUACUGCAGAAAACCUGAGGACAUAUGAAAAAGAUUAAGAGGUGUCCAUUUAAAGACCUUAAAGAAAGAACUGCUCAAGCUUUGCCUUUUGGGGCCCUCUCUGCACUGCUCAUCUUUUCCUGCAACCUGUUUUUGUCCCCAUUUUAUUUGAUUUUCAUUACCUCUUUUGUUUAUAUCAGUGUAAAUACAUCUUUCUUUCCACGGUCAAUCUGUGAAUCUGUGUAACACCGUGGUGAUAUUUUUAUAAAGUAAGAUGUUGCUGACCAUUGGUGAUUGUAUGUUUUCAAGUACUUCUUGAUGGCCUAAGCAAGUGGUCUGUAGAGACUGAGAGAAACAGUGUUUUGAUUAUUACGACCAGUUGGAUAAGUCCCCGAUCAUCCAUCAUUCUUUGGAAAAAAUUCCUUCCUUUCUUUCUUUCUUUUGUGUGUGUAUGGAACUGCUAUUUGUAAAUAAACUGCCCGUCCAAUAUGAGUGCCUCACGACUGACUAUAACCUGAGAGAAUCACAUGUGAAAAUGUUUGUAAAAAAUAAUCCUCGGUUCAACGAUCAUCUUAAAUUUCCUGGCUUGACGCAGCACUCCACCCCCUUGUUCGGGUUUUUCUAUCAUGUAUUGUCAUAUAGAUAUUUAUCAAAUAAGUUCCCACCAGUUGAUAUGUGGUUCCAAAUACAUAUAGCCUCAGAGGAUUCUUCAGACUUUUAUUUCCAUUUCAGACAGUAGAACUUAUUGUAAAAUGCCUCAAAGGAUCAGUAGCAACAUGUUGAUCUGUUCCAAAAUGCAGUUGCAUCUUGUUAUUAGCAGACAUUGAGAUGAUAACUAAGAAUUCUAGUGGAAGUAUAACACUGGAUUUAACAUGAUGCUGUCACACAUCACACCGAUUAUGUUACAAAGUGAUUUGAAUCAUGCAGUACAUUAAAUAUAUAUAAAUAUACAACAGACGAUUGUUAUAAAGUUGUGAUGUGCAAUGAAAUGGUAGAUAAAAUUCAUCUCCUCUGUGCAUAUCCUGUAUACUUUAAUUCCUCUUUCAGCAUCACAGCUGCUGCAACCACCCAGGAAACCAAAUCACUUCAAGCAUCUAUAAUUCCCUGAAAGAUAAUAAAAUGAACAGUUGUUUAAA